AUGGUACAAAUUUAUAGUAGUAGUUUUGAUAUGUUUAAUAUACAAGAAAGAUCACCACCGACUGAUGGCAAUAUCAUUAGUGCAAAGGUCAAGUUGAAUGAAUUGUUUCUUACAUGGCUUUCAAAGACAGAGUCGGUUCAAUAUAUUGGUGAUUUGUUAAAUGGACUAAAUUACUCUUCUUCAAUCUCUUCUUCAACUCCGACAACUACUACAAAUACUACAACUGCAAUUGAAAGUAGUAGUAGUAGUAGCAGUGGUAGUGAUAAUAUAACACCUAUAACAAUAGAUACUACAACCAAUCUUUCAAAUAUAUCAAUUGUCAAUCAACAACAACAACAACAACAAGAUAAUACUAAUAAUAAUAAUAUAAAAGUUGAAAUGAUUUAUGUAAAGAAUGAUCAUGAUCAUUCACCACCACCUGUAACAAAUAUAACACAUGAUAAUAAUAGUAUUAAUCAAUCAACGUCAACGUCAACGUCAACACUGACGACGUCAAUAUCUACUUCAUCAUAUAAACGAACAUCAUAUGAUAAUGACGAACAAAGUCGAAAUGAUGACGAUGAAAAUAGUCAAGAACCUGAAAGAAAGGUUUAUAAAAGAGAACCAAGUGUUAUUAUAAAGAUACCACCAUUCUACAAAUCACCACCAACGUCCAACGAAACAACAAUGAAAAUGGAUAGUGAUUUGGCCAAGAUCAAGAAUCGAUAUGACAAGUUUGCAUCGAAUCAAAUUCAAUCCUACGAUGACUUUGAAUCUCUUUUAAAAGAAUUGUAUAAUUUACCACGUAUAGUCAUUCGAUUGUUAUUUAAACAAAUGACUGCUUCAUCACUCAAUCAAUCAUUUCAAGAGUUUGGAAAGUUUUGGAAAGAUAAUAUUUUUGGCAAAGAAACAGAAGAAAUAUUAUUCAAUGUAUUAAGAAAAUCAAAAUCUUCUACUUAUCUAAGUUAUGAUGAUUUUAUAAUAUUUGUAAAAACAUUACUUGAAAUUCAUCCAGGAUUGGACUUUUUAAAAAAUACACCAGAAUUUCAAGAAAGAUAUACAGAGACUGUGAUUGUUAGAAUAUUUUAUAUAAAUAGUAAACAAAAAGGAAGAAUAACAGUUACUGAUUUAAAAAAUAAUAAUUUUAUCAAAUCACUUUGUUUAUUAGAUGUAGAACCUGAUAUUAAUAAGCAUUUGGAAUACUUUUCAUAUGAACAUUUUUAUGUUAUUUAUUGUAAAUUUUGGGAAUUGGAUACUGAUCAUGACCUUUAUAUUGGAGCAUCUGAUUUGUCUAGAUAUUCUAAUUUCAGUUUAACCGAUAAAAUAGUUUCAAGAAUUAUAGAAUCUCCUGUAUUUACUGAAGAUCCAAGAUACUAUGGUUCAAAAUUAUCUUAUAAAAAUUUUGUUUGGUUUAUAUUAUCAGAAGAAGAUAAAACAAAUAAUACAUCAAUUGAAUAUUGGUUUAAAUGUUUGGAUUUUGAUCAUGAUGGUAUACUAAGUUUUCAUGAAAUGGAAUUUUUCUAUGAUGAUCAAAAAGAAAGAUUAGAUAGUUUAAAUUUAGAACCACCAAUAUUUAUUGAUUUAUUAUGUCAAAUAUUAGAUAUGAUAAAACCAAACAAUUUAGAGAAAAUAACGUUAUUGGAUUUAAAAAAUUCCAAAUUGGCAGGAUACCUUUAUAAUAUAUUAUUUAAUACUACCAAAUUCUUUAUUCAAGAAACAAAAGAGUCGGUACCGUUUUCAGAUCAAUCGAUGAGUGAUUGGAAUCGAUUCGCAAAAAUGGAAUAUGAAAAGGCAUUGGCAGAGGAAAGUGCUCGAAAUCAAAUAGACGAUGAUGAUGGUGACGAUUACGAUGACAAUGAUCAAUUAUAUUUUGAAGAAGAUAUAGAUGAUGAUGAUGACGAUGAUGAUGAAUAA